UGGCGCUUAGUGGCGCCCAUAUAUAUAGUGUUUGCACUUUGAAAUUGCAACAAGUGGUGAUUAUCGUCAACUGCAAUUUUUCUUUCCCUCUCUUCAUUUUCUCUCUAACUGUUUCUCUCGAAUUUUGAGAGAUUCAGAUUCAGAUCUAGAUCUCAUCCAAAGAACAAACAAACAAAAAAAAAUCCCCAAAAAUGGCAACUGUAUCUCCUCUCGCCAAAUACAAACUCGUUUUCUUAGGUGAUCAAUCCGUUGGUAAAACCAGCAUCAUCACUCGCUUCAUGUAUGACAAAUUCGACAAUACCUAUCAGGCUACUAUCGGUAUUGACUUUUUGUCAAAAACAAUGUACCUUGAAGAUCGAACGGUUCGUUUGCAGCUUUGGGAUACUGCAGGACAAGAAAGAUUUAGAAGUCUAAUUCCAAGCUAUAUAAGAGAUUCUUCGGUUGCAGUUAUUGUAUAUGACGUAGCCAAUCGACAAUCAUUUCUUAAUACUAACAAGUGGGUUGAGGAGGUACGCACAGAACGAGGCAGUGAUGUUAUUAUCGUUUUGGUUGGAAACAAAACUGAUCUAGUUGAAAAAAGGCAAGUCUCUAUAGAGGAAGGAGACGCCAAGUCGCGUGAGACCGGGAUCAUGUUUAUAGAAACCAGUGCUAAAGCAGGAUUUAAUAUCAAGCCUUUAUUUCGCAAGAUUGCUGGAGCCUUACCUGGGAUGGAAACUCUUUCUUCAACAAAGAAUGACGACAUGGUUGAUGUAAAUUUAAAAUCCACUGUGAAUUCGUCCCAGGCAGAUCAGCAAGGAGGAGGUUGCUCGUGCUAAACAAGUGCUAUUCACAACAAAGCCAGCAUGAAUCUUUUCACUUGGCACAGUUAUUGGCUUGGCAACUAAAAUGGAAACAUGCACCUAGGCCAGAUGUGCUUUUGUACCAACGCUCUUCAGCUUAGUUUGGUAGGGUUAGCACUUAGCAGUAAUGGUUUCGAUGUAAGAUAAAAUAAGAAACUAAAAAUACUUUGAUAAUUUUGUUUUAUUUUCUUAUGCAGUUAGUCACUUUAUGUAAGAAUGCAUAUAAUAAACUGAUCUAAACAUUACUGGUUGACAUGGAGUAGACAUCAUCAAGUAAUGGAUACUUAGAUAAAGCUUCAAAAUGGAGGCUUUUAUCGACCAAA